CACCCGCAUAUCCUCAACAUGCCCUUACAAUUCAUAUGUACAUGCUGGGAUGCCAAGUGAGGUCGAGGGGGACGGGGUGAGGGGAGAGACACCUCGGUUCAAUGCUGCUCCACUCUUACUCUGUUACGGCAACCCGCGAAGAGGAGAGGGAAUUCUUCUUGACGUUCCGGUCUGUACAAAUCAAAAGCAAAACCACCCACCGCCGAGACCCUCUCGCUGCCAGUCAUCAUCUUCCAUCAAACACAUCACAUCAGGCGAAUCUCCAUAACUGGACGGUUCACGAAUCGCCUAGCAUCUUGAGUGUAUCAGAGAACCAUACCAGUCAUGUCAGCGUUAUCCGACACUUGGCCGGACAGGGUGGACAGCUCAAUGCGAAUCGACUUUCAGAACGGCGCACUCGUCGCCGUCAGCCCCGCAAUCGACCGUUCCGCGCGGCUGGACUGGCGACCCUCUCCACACGCGAGUUUGACGCGAACGCCCAUACCCAAAGUCCCGCGCGCGUGGCUGCGACGGCGCGAGGAGCGGGACGGGUGCGAGGGGCACCACAUCACGCUUCUCCACGGGACGGAAGUCCAGGGGGUGAGCAGCAUCCUCCACGCGCACGACCAGUUCGCGGACGUGGGAGAGUCGUGGAUCGACGUCGGGUUGGGGUACCGGCGGGACGGGACCGCGGACGGGGUGUUCAAGGCCGUGCAUUGGCCAGCCGCCACCGCCGUGCGGGAACCGCUGGGCUUGGAAAGGAAACAGGUCCAUGUCGCGGUGGGGUUCAGCGAGGCGGAUGUGCAUGCGGGGGACAAGGGGCUGGACUCGCUGUGGGUGGGCGGGGAUGCGCGUACCGCUUUGCAGGGAUCCCUGCACCCGCCGUCGGGUGAUGUGGGAGUGGGGCGAGCAAAACGGACUGCCGAGGCGGCUUGCGUCGCGGCUCGCGCGGCCCUCCGGAACCCCGUUGAUGAAGCGCGUAUGACGGAGGCGCUACAUCUCUGCACGAUCGCGUUGAUACCCCCCACGCUCCCCACCCCCGACCGGGUCUCUCUCCUCGACCUCAUCAGCGCGCUGUCUCUCAAAUCCGGACGAUACCAGCAGGCGCUGGAAGCCGCGGAGGCCAUGAUGCGUGUGUGCGCGGAAGAGCAACGGGAGAACUCACAUACCGACUUCCGCGCAUUCAUCCGCGUCGCCGACGCACACGUGAAAUUGUGUGCGUGGGCCGCGGCGUGUAUGGCGUAUUGGAGGGCGUUUUUCGCCGUACGGAGAGAUGGGGCGGAUACGAAAACGCGCAACGAUGUGCUGGUGUAUAUUCGCAAGGCUCUGACACGGUGCGCCGGACACCAGUACCUGUAUCUGCACGUGCGGGACGAGGGUGCAGGUGACACGGCGUUAUGGAGCGGGCUUUCGGGUGAGGAGAAGCGAGCUUAUUAUACUCUCUGCCGCGGGAUCGUGUCUGCCAUGGCGGGCGAGAAGUGCGACGGCAACAGCCUGCCUCCCGCCAUCUCCAAAACACGGCAGUUUGUAUGCAGCAGCGACGAUGAUGGCCGCUGGCACAAGUUGCCCAGGAAUUUUAGUUGGAUUGUCCCCUUCCGGUUGGCGGUCAUGUCUACGCCACGAGAUGCGGGGGACGUUGCGGCGUUGAAGCAAAUGGGGAUCACGUUGGUGGUCACCGCCACGAAGGAGACGCCCUUGUCUGCGACCUGGUUCACGAAUGGGAUCGACAACGUCUUUCUCCCCGUCGAAAACCUGCAAGCGCCGACUAUCGCCCAAGUGGAACAUUUCAUGCGACUAUGCAAUCAACACCUACAUUCAGCAGCGAACGACACCGACACCCUCCUCCCCGCCGUGUUGGUACACUGUGGAGGCGGGGUAGGCCGCGCGGGCACGUUUGCGGCGUGCUAUCUCGCCCGGUUCGGGUGCGCGGUGCUUCCGCCGUUGUGUGCGGCGUGCCGUGCCGCGGUUGUGGAUUGCACCGCUGUGGAAUGCGUCGGGGGAAGUUGUGCGAACGCGACGCCGCCGGCGAUGUCGGCUGCAGAUGCGAUUGAAGUACUGCGGGCGACGAGGCCGGGGAGUCUUGAGACGAGGGUGCAGGAGGUGUUUGUGCGCACGUACGUCGAUCACUGCUGGAAACGGUAUAGCGGCGGUGGGGAUGGCGAUGCGGGGGGAAACGGAGACGGUGCCGACUCUAUGUUUGGGUUGGACGCUGGAGAAAACGAAAAUAUGGAUAUCCCGUCGACCGGCAUCCUCGCCACUGGCCAACCCCCACCUCAUCCAAACGUGCUCAUCCUCGUCGGCCUCCCGGGGUCGGGGAAAUCGACCUUCUGCGCCCGCCUAGGCUGCAUCUCGCCCGAUGACUCCACGCUCAUAACCGCCAACACAUAUGUCCGAAUCUCUCAAGACGACAUCGGUAGCCGACGCGCCUGCGAGUCGCUCAUCGCCACCAUCAUCAAACGCGGCGGCCGCGUCGUUCUCGACCGAUGCAAUACGCGCGCCGCCGACCGCAUGCAGUGGUUGGAGCUCGCGUUUGGGCCGCGGGAUGCUGUUGCGGUGCAUUUUACGGCGGGCGUGGAGGUUUGUGUGAAGAGGGUGUGUGCGCGACAGGGCCAUCCGACAUUGGGCGGGGAGAAGGGGAAGGUGGAGAGGGUUGUGAGGGGUUUUGAGAGGGACCUGGAGGCGCCAACAGUAAAGGAGGGCUUUGUGGGGGUUUGGAGUGUGGCGUCGAUGGGGGAUGUUGAGGCGCUUGCUGAGAGGAUUUGCGGUGCAAACAAGCGAGGACGGACAAAACCGGCGACCGGUCCGAUAGGGACGAUGACUGCGACGGCAACGGAGAUGGUCAUCGGACCAUCUUUAUUCUCCUCCACGGAGGGUGCCAAGAGGCUGACAGGGUUCUACAAGUUUCCGCGCACCCCCCACCUCUUCAACAGCGGCGGCUGCUCCGUGUCCGCUGACGACAUCGUGCUCAGCGACUCCCACGGCCUGGACAUGCUUUUAUCCCGUCACGGCCCGACUUCGAAAACCAUUACAAUCGAAGAAAAAAUCGAUGGCGCGAACCUCGGCAUCACCCUCGGCCCGCGCUCCACGCUCCUCGCGCAGAACCGCUCACACUACGUCAACCGUAAAUCCCAUCCCCAGUUCGAGACGAUCAACCAUUGGCUUCAUCAGCAUAGUCGCCGCCUGCGCCGUGUGCUCGGUGAUGUGCCCGGGGCUUAUGUCCUGUAUGGAGAAUGGAUGGUGGCCAAGCAUUCAAUCUUCUACGACCGGCUGCCGGACAAGUUCAUUGCAUUCGAUAUCCUCGACGUGCAAAAAGGAAGCUUCCUGUCCCGCGCGAGCUUCCAUGAAGCCAUCGCGAACGCCAACGACGCCGCUGACAUUGGUUUGGACGACGAACCGCCCCUGCAUGUCGUGCCCACUGUGGACCCGGCGCUGUUUCUCCCGCUGACAACGAAACAGGAAUGGAUAGACAGGCUUGACGCCUUGCCGUCGCGGUAUGCCACCGCGCAACGGGCCGAGGGGAUUUAUAUCCGCGUUGAUGAUGGCGAUUGGCUCAAGGAGAGGGUCAAGCUUGUCAGGGGGGACUUUAUAUGCGGGAAUGAGCAUUGGACGAAACACACGGUGGUGAAGAAUGUGGUUUUGCGAUGAUCACGGCCUUCUCUUCCCCUCUUGCCCCCUCUCUCUCCCUCCCAGCUACCCAUGUACAGUACAAUGAUAGACGGCCAUUUUUUUGGAUGAAUGUUAGUCGUUUUGGGGACGGAUAUGGCAAUCUAUGCGGCGUACGAGUAUGCUUUUCUGCUUUCUUCUUCUCCGAAUCCCCCUCCACAUGUAUUAUGUCUGUGUAUAAAAUAACAUUGGCGGGUGAAAGCCCUCGAAAGGCUACCACAUG